AUGCACCCCAAAGGUCGUCUAGACAUCGCUACGGCGGUUUGUUUCAAUGCCGCUAUAGCAUUGAAAGAGCCACCGCCGUACGAAGACGAAGGUCUUGAGCUAAAUUGGGAAGACGACGUAGAUGAAGGUCUAGAAAGUGACCUUCGCACCGGGACCGAUACAAUAAACAAUAUUGUAGAACAUUAUUUCACUCAACUAGUUUAUUAUUCAUUUUGAGU